AUGGUGGCACUCAUCGCGUUAACCGCCCUCAGCCUAGCUACAUCUGUCUACGGACAUGGCUACCUCAUCGUUCCCCAAAGUCGCACUGGCCUUGGGGUCGAGGCCAACUUAGAUUCAUGCCCGGAGUGUACCAUUCUUGAGCCUGUAUCAGCGUGGCCUGACCUCACAGCUGCCCCAGUCGGAAGGAGUGGCCCCUGUGGCUAUAAUGCCCGCGUCAGCAUUGACUACAACCAGCCGUCAGACAACUGGGGCAAGGCCCCCGUCGAAACCUAUGCAGCCGGCGACAUUGUCGAUGUGCAGUGGUGUGUAGACGCCAAUGGGGACCAUGGUGGCAUGUUCAGUUACCGAAUCUGCCAAGACCAGACCAUUGUCGACAAGUUCCUGGAUGCAAGCUACCUACCUACCGACGCAGAGAAGCAGGAAGCGGAGACUUGCUUCCAGGCCGGUACUUUGGACUGCACCGAUGUCUCUGGGCAGGACUGCGGGUACAAUCCCGAUUGUGCCUCUGGGGAGGCCUGCUACCGCAACGACUGGUUUACAUGCAACGGCUUCAGUGCCGGCGACCAGACAAAGUGCAAGGGUGUUGACAAUGCAGCACUCAACUCCUGCUAUACAUCGAUUGCAGGUGGCUACACCGUAUCCAAGAAGAUCAAGAUCCCCGACUAUAGCUCUGAGCACACCCUCCUUUCUCUACGCUGGAACUCUUUCCAGACAGGGCAGGUAUACCUCACUUGUUCUGACAUUGCCAUCUCAGGCAGCCCGGGAGGCAAUGAAACGAGCAACUCCACUACCCAAGCGUAAUAUGGCAGCCGAGGGAGGAUAAAGGGUAUCUUGGAUAUGAGUAGACGGCUUCCGACCAUAAAGAAGCCUCGCACAAAGGACGC